GUUUGAGGUGAUGUCAUCGUGUCAGGAGGGAAGCAGACCGGCAGCAUCACUUUACUCUGAGACAUAAACUAACAACCAUCUCAUAGACAACCUGCGGCAAGAUGCUGGUACCACUGGUAUUACUUCUCUUUGUGUUUUCACCGGCCUCAGAAGCUACAGAAGUGGGUCUCAGUGGCAAAGUCCUUCUCUUCCCUUAUGAGACAGACUUCAGUUUUGUUAAACUCACACCUCAGAAACCUCUGAGCCUUUCAGCGUUCACCCUGUGCAUGCGCGUGGCGACGGAGCUGCAGGGCGAGCGUCAGAUCAUCCUGUUCGCCUACCGCACGCCCGACUACGACGAGCUGAACGUGUGGAGAGAGAGAGACGGGCGUGUGUCCUUCUAUCUCAGCGGCGAUGGGUUGUUUUUCCACUUACCUCCUCUCUCCACCUUCAGGGUUCACCUGUGCCUCACCUGGGCGUCACGCACCGGGCUCACCGCCUUCUGGGUGGACGGGCGACGCAGCGCGCUCCAGCUGUACAAACCGGGUCACAGCAUCCGCCCGCGGGGCACCGCACUGCUCGGUCAGGACGCGGAUAAACAUCUGGGCGACUUUGAGGCGGUGCAGAGUUUUGCUGGUGAGCUCACAGACCUGAACAUGUGGGAUUAUGUCCUCACCGGGAAUCAGAUUAAAGCCUUGUACUUCAACCAAGCCCAGCGUGUGCCUAAAGCAAACGUGUUUGAUUGGAACACCAUCGAAUAUGAGAUUCAGGGAAAUGUGUUAGUGGUGCAAGAUGAUUAAAAAUUCAAGGUCAUUCACACAUAUGCACACAUAUGAACUAAAAUGUUUUUUUUCAGAUGAUGUCUCUUGAGCUACAUUACUCAAACUGCUACUCUGCUGAAAAAAUCUACAUCAUGGAUUCUAUUACCAUUAUGAACCAUCAGCAGUUUACCAUUAAAGCCACUACAAAUGUAGUGUUAGGGGCCAUUCAGACAGAACGCAGCGCUCAGAUAUGUUUUUAAAAAAAGUGCAGCCAGAACGCGAUGGUCUCGAGACGCGGGUAUCCCUCACAGCCACCAUGCGCCUCCUCCGCCUUGUUGCCGUCAAAUAAAACAGUUGUCAUGCCAACUUGCUACUGUAAACAGAAGCUCGCAACGCUUGCCCCGCCUCCAAAUUCUUCUGAUUGGACUGCUUUUGGAACUGACAUUGAUAAGCAGCGCUGCAUCUAAAAAUUGUUUUUUUUUAAUUGAACAUAAUUGAACACAUUACCAGUAGAGAUCAACAGAGAUUAUUACAGUUCCCAUUAAAACCAAUAAUCCAUUGGUAGCAUCUGUAAUGCUCUCUAUUGUUCUUUAGCAGGGUAGAUAUUAAGCAGGUAAUGAAAAACUCACGUGAACCUUAAAAAAAUACUGCUAGUUAAUACUAACAUUCUAAAGGUCACAGCAAUAAUAGAAAAUACUUGUUAUUACCAUGGAGGCAUGGAGAUGCUCUGGAGGUUAAGGAACUUCAUGCUCAACUUCGAGGGGCAGAAGCUCCUCCGAAAUUUGCGCUGAUGAUGUUUCAGGACGGCAGUAAAUCUCAACAUUUCCUCUGGUUGAACCCUCUUUCCUUAUAAACACAUUACAGAUAUAAAUGAGUUUGAAUUAAAUAGUGUUUCAAACAUACAAUGUAAAGAAACGCGGGAAUUAACAGGGCAUUUUUAAAACAGGUGUUUUAAAUCUCAGUGUUGUUUCCUCAAGACUGCAUUGCCUAAAUAUGACCACAGGGUGGAAGCACUACAUUACACAAAUGCGUCAGAUGCCCUUCAACGCAUUCAAUUAGGCCUACUUUGCAAAACAGAACUGUGCUCAAUCGUGAAUUUAGUUAAGAUUAUCCUUGCUUAUUUUGGUAUUUAAAGUGUAAAGACUGUAUAAGUUAAAUGCAUUAGUAUUUUUAAUAAACCCGAAUAACAAAUAUUAAAGCGGGGAAAUGUGUACAAAUAACAUAAUAACUUGGUAUCUUGGUUUUCAUGCAAUUAAACUGUGACUAACAAUAAAAGGUGUCUAGUUUUGCAACUGGUAAAAAUAAACAUGAGAUGAUCAACUAUAAACCUUUGUAAGUUCUUA